AUGGCCCUUGGAUUGGGCCUUCAUCGGAGUCUGCCAACAGAUACCAAGCUAUGCCCGGUGGAUCGUGAGCACCGAAAGCGCGUCUGGUGGACAUUAUACACGCUCGACCGACUAUGCAGCUCCAACCUCGGAUAUCCUUUGCUUAUAAGCGAUGACGUGAUUGAUGUUGAGCUUCCAACAAAUGAAGGCCUUAUUGAAGGCGACUUGGAGGAAUUCACCGAUCCCAACCACUUAAUCGCCAAUGUUAAGCUGGCGAAAAUUACAGGAGAAAUCCUCAAUGACAUAUAUUGCCUCCCACAAAGAACUACAGAGACCUUUGUACAAAGGGUGCAUCGAAUUCUUCUGAGUCUGCGAAAAUGGGACGAUGAGCUCCCACCAAUGCUACAUCUACGCCAAGAACAUUUGCCUCGAAACAUUUCCAGUCUUCAUCUUCAUUAUAAUCAAUGUGUUAUUUCGACAACCCGUCCGAUUCUGUUAUAUCUUUUCAAGAAUCGCUUCUCACUAAGUGCUACAUCUGCCGAGCUCCCGCCUCGGGUCUUUUCCCCUACUACCCUCGCUCUGGCGGAAAGCUGUGUGCAGGCCGCACGGGCAUCGAAUUCCAUCCUAUCAAAACUAUUUGUUGAAGGAUCUCUAGCGUCAUUUGGGUACUUUGAUGCGCACUACCUCUUCUCCUCCACUCUCAUCUUGGUCAUGUCUGCAGUCAUGGACCCAAACGUGGGCAUGUCAGAUGCGGUCUCAUAUGCUUUCACUAUACUCCGAGCUAUGAAGGAAGACGGCAAUCUUCCUAGCUUUGACUACUAUGAGAGACUACAACGUACCCGGGCAAGUGUUGGAAAGAUGAGAGAAGCCAGCGAAGCAAGCUCCCGUGUAUCCGCGGUUCCUAAUGGAAGCACAACGCCGGAGGAACAACUGUUUCACGACACCGAUGGAUCGGCCCUAGUAUUUGUGGACGGAGUUCCCCUAGAUCAUCCUCUUAUAGAUAGUUUCCUGGCAGAUGAAGCCCUCGUAUGGCCUGACGGAAUAGUCCCCCAGGAUGACUCUUUAAGAGAGCUAGCGUGCGAGCUAGGAGAUGAGUUUUUGUUUGGUCCGGCCUAA